AUGGCACCUCCCUCAACUCCAACGCCUCAUCGCUUUCUCGUUCCCAAGAGGUCAGCAUCUCAGAGAAACAGUACCCCCCAAACGCUCCAAGGCGGGACGCAACAGUUCCAUGCGACUCCACGUUUCUCACUUCAUUCAACCCCCCGGGAGCCUGCGCCAUCGUUGACAUCAUCAACACCCGCUCGCCCAGCUGCUUUUCUACGCCAACGAGCCUCGGAUAGCAUCAGUGAUGUGCUAGACAGCUCACCACCCGUUCCGCAGCCUUCUGCCCAUUCAAACGACUCUAUCGAGGUAGACUCUAUCCCGGCAUCUUCUGCUUUUCCCGCAGGUGAAUAUAAAUCCCAGCCUGAAGCGAGUGAUGACGAGGCAGAUCGGCCUUCCCAUAAGAGACGCCGCUUGUCUGAGAUUUCCGUCGUCGAUUCACACACUUCGCUGGUAUCGGCAGAGGAUCAAUCGUUUCAAGUAGUCGAUGAGCAGCAUGUGGUUAACGAUUCUGAUGAACUUUCCGGCGCAGAGUCCGAUGCGCCCGAGUCUCCUAAGGUUGCCUCGUUGCAGCAGCCAAUCUUCCAUAGAGCACCUCGCUUUAUACCUGUGGAAAAGCCGGAAGAAUCGCAUCAAGAACCUCUUCCGGACGUGUUCUCGCCACGUCGGCGAGGUGCUAAAUAUGUGCCUGGCGGUCUUGCUGCGGAAUUGAGAGGCUGGCUGAUGGAUAUAGAAGCAAAUACGGGACCCAAAAGAGAGGAUGAAUUUGUUGCUCGGGUCCGCGUACACGAAGUUCGACGCGGAACGGGUGUCACUCUAAUCACAGGUCGAUUCAUAUCGGAUGAGAACCCCCUUGAGCAACACCGAGGUCAAUAUCCCACCAUGAGGAUCAUGCUCGCGGGAGAGGGACGUUUGGCUGGCCUUGCGAGGAGAAACGAAGUCACCGUUGACUCUAUUAUCGGCAUUGCUAAGCCAGUCUGGGAGGCAAACCUGGGAUACGAAAGCCGGUGGGCAGCUGUAGCAUGUGAUUGGGUGGUACUAUGA